AUGGUUGAGAAGUGUUUAAUGGAGUGGGAAAUAGAAAAUGUUUUCACAAUUUUUGUUGAUAAUGCAAGUGCGAAUGAUGUGGCAAUUGACUUCUUGAAAAAAAGUUUUCAAAACUCCAACAAGUGUCUUUUAAAUGGGAAAUGGAUGCACAUUCGAUGUGUUGCCCACAUUUUAAAUUUAGUGGUGCAAGAUGGCAUAAAAAAAGUUGAUAAGGCGGUUGAGAUAGUUCGAUGGGCGGUUAAAUGGAUUAGGCAAUCGCCUUCUAGAAUUCAUAAGUUUACCAAGUUUGCUGAGGUUGCUAAUCCCGGUAUAACAAAACACUUGAAAAGAGAUGUGCCAACAAGAUGGAACUCUACUUACCAUAUGUUGGAAAUUGCCCAAGCUUACGAAAAAACUUUUGAAAGAUAUGAUCUUGAGGAAUUUGAUUUUCGGAACGAAAUUGAAAAGGCGGGUUUGUCGAUACCUUCAUCAAGCGAUUGGGAAAGGGUUAGGAAUGUAUGCCAUUUUUUAAAACCUUUUCAUGAUGUUACUUUGAGGAUUUCCGGGACACUUUAUGUGACAUCAAACACGUGCAUUGAAGACAUAUUUUCCAUUCAUACGCUCUUGGAUGAUGCUAUUUCCGAUUCUAGUCUUUGUGAUAUUGCAUUGGCCAUGAAAAUAAAGUUUGACAAGUAUUUUGGCGACAUAGAAAAAAUGAAUUUAUUGCUUUACUUUGCUUUGAUUCUUGAUCCGAGGAACAAAGUAAAGUAUUUGGUUAUACUAUUAGAGGACCGUUAUGGAGAAAAAGGGAUGGAGGCCAAAAAGAAAUAUAUCAUGGAUUCUAUGUAUGAAUUAUAUAAUGAUUAUAUUAGAAUUCAUUCUCCAAGUUCUACUUCAAGUACUACCGAGUCUACCAUUUUAUCAUCGCUAUUAGGGAAACGCGAAAACCCGGAUUUUACAGCACCUAACCCCCCAUUGAGAAAUAAACUAAGAGAAAAGAUGAAGAUGAACAUAGUUGAAUCAAUUGGGGAGUUAGAAAAGUAUUUGCAAGAAAGUGUUGAAGACGACUAA